UUGGUUCGUGUGGGGGGACUCUGACAGAAAGGGAGCGCAAAGAGCGGGAACUUCUCGAAAAAAGAGCGGAUUAGCGUGGGAAAGGUGUUGAAGGCGGAGUGCGAAUAAGGAUUUUUCUGUGCAUAGCAGUCAUUUUCCCGCUGGCGAGACGGGGCGCGGGGAGCUGGUUAUGAGCGGCGUGUGUGUAACCCCGACUGCCGCGGUGCUCCUUACCUGUGAGGUGCCCGGGUUGUCCUCUGAAUGACUGUAAGUGCAGUUAUUCGGGAGCACUGUAAAGCCCAUUCGGAUAGACUGUAUAGGAGAUGUUCCUCACGUGCAAAAGCAACAACAAUCAAAGAAGCUCUAGCCAGAUGGGAAGAGAAAACCAGUCAGAAGCCAUCAGAAGCCAAAGAGAUUAAGCUUUAUGCUCAGAUUCCCCCUAUAGAGAAGAUGGAUGCCUCUUUGUCCACACUUGCUAAUUGCGAGAAGCUUUCACUGUCUACAAACUGCAUUGAAAAAAUUGCCAACCUCAAUGGCUUAAAAAACUUGAGGAUAUUGUCUUUAGGAAGAAACAACAUAAAGAACUUAAAUGGACUGGAAGCAGUAGGGGACACAUUAGAAGAACUAUGGAUCUCCUACAAUUUUAUUGAGAAGUUGAAAGGGAUCCAUGUAAUGAAGAAAUUGAAGAUUCUCUACAUGUCUAAUAACCUCGUAAAAGACUGGGCUGAAUUUGUAAAGCUGGCAGAAUUGCCAUGUCUGGAAGACCUGGUGUUUGUAGGCAAUCCCCUGGAAGAGAAACAUUCUGCUGAUGGAAACUGGGUUGAAGAGGCCACCAAGAGAGUUCCCAAACUGAAAAAGCUGGAUGGUACCCCAGUAAUUAAAGAGGAUGAGGAAGAAGAUAACUAACACCACGUUUUCUGCUUUGUGUUAACUUAUUUAAAUGUCAUAAGAACAAUAGAUAAGUUUUGUAUAAUUGUCUAUUUUAAAGAUUCUGUGUGGGGCAAAAGGUUCUUCAGAUAAAACAAAUCUCUCAUUCCUAUCUUUUUUUUAAACCUAUUGUUUCUCCCCCCAAAUGGUAACACCAACUUCAUACAUCCUAGUACUUUUUUUAGAAACUCAAAUUCUCAGUUUUUUGUCUUCAGUCCCAGUUAUGUACUUAUGUGGCCCCAUCUACAAAACUUUUAUAGACCAGUCAUUUUUAACAACAAAGAACAACAAAUACUGUUCUUUAUUCAGCUUGUUUAGGUUUUUUUUUUUUUUUUUCAGACCAGGCAUUUAAAUAUAGAUACUUAACUUUUGAAUCUGUAGACCAUCUUUCCUGAAGGUCCAUGUCCUUAUGACUCAGAAGCACAAAUGUGUUAUGCCUUUGGUUCAGAAGGCACCACAGUGACAGGAGGGGUUCCUCUUAGAAGAAAUACAAAGCAGUCCUAGAACAAAGACUCCCAAAGCCCAGUUGGAAAAGCUGUGGUGAAAAAGGAAAAAUUAAUAUCUUGGAGGCCUUAUAGCCCAUGUUAUAUUUACUUACUUGUUUUUCUAAAAAACAUAUGCAUUGUCAACUGGAAUUUAGCUUGUGUUUGCAUGCCUGGCCACUUGAGUCACUGUGCACAGUCAGUCAUGCUGUGGUCCGGGUCAGUGGUGAAAAUGACGGCCAUGAUCAUUCCUUUGACCACUGCUGUGGUCAUGUUAUUCAUGUGGACCUGACUUUAGGCACACUUUUUGGUUUAUAGUCCCUUAUAUGUUAUAUAAGGGAAUAUAUGUAAACAGUAGUUAUAUUUGAAUUCCUAGUGUAAAUGUUGGCUAUUCAUAUAUAUCAAAAUUUUCUCCAAUAACUCUGUUCUGUUGACCCUCAUGUUGGGAGAAGUGGUUGCUAUAAAUUAGAAUAUAGAGCCUAAAAGACUGCAUCUGAUACCUUUCAGUAGAUUAAAUUUAGAAUCUCAAAAUAUAUUUUUAGAGUGUUUCUAAGUUAGACAGCUCUUAAAAUGAAUUAUGUAAGUGAUUAUGGAGGGAAAAGAGAAGAGGUAUUUCAUUAUGGGAUCCCAGACAAAUGGCAACAUUUUUGAAGAUUGCCUUCUCUAUGAAGCAUGGUAGGUGACUUAACCUCAAAAUUGCAAAGCAAUAGUUGGAUACAGAGCUUAGAAAUUGUAAGGAAAAAAAAAAUCUUUUUGGAAAGUACCAGGUAUAGUAGUCAGUAGUCAGUAACCAGAGGAAGUUCAUAGCAAGUCAUGACUGAAUCACAGAUUGCAGAAAAGAAGUCAGAGACGCUCUGCCAAAUUGUGCCUAAAGUCCCUCAACCAGAGACUGAUUCUUACUUCCCCAUUUACUUGUGUAAAAUCAGUCAGAGGGGAGAGUCAUUUUUUUAAAAAGUGAUUGCAUAGUCCUAGCUUUCAGAAAAUUUCAGCUAUCAUUAAGUGGGAAUUACAUGAGUUCUCUGAGUCACUCUGAUCUAAAGGGACCACUGCUUUGACAAUCAAUACUAAGUAUAAACAGCAAGAGGAAAAAUGAGUCCAACACUUUUUUUAGCUUCCUUUUUGUUCUUCCUCAUAAUCUGAUAGGAAGAAAUCUUUACUCUGGCUUAUACAUUCAAAGCCUUUGGGUACUUCUUUUGUGAACUGUAGACAAUGAGUAUUCCCCGUGGUGAUGUUUAAGUCCCCCAAACUAGGAGGGAAGACGAUCUUCUUCGGUUGUAGUUCAGUUGUAGUUCACACUUCACCCAGUAGGCAAGCUUGAAGCCAUUUUACAAUUUAUGGAUAUAUUUUCAAAAGUUACUCUGGAAGUGAAUGUAAUGGGAAGGGAUGACUUUAUAUUGAAUCUGUAAAAUAGCUUACAGUGUUGGUGUGUGGUUUUCUGAAUUUUAUAAUAUGGAAACUAAUUUUCUCAGCUUCUCCUUGUUUCUUAAUGUCUUUAAUCACUGAUAGUUCUCAAAGAAAUGAAAGGUGCUUUUCUGUGUCCAUUUCACACAAAAUUAAUAUUUAGUUUCAGCAAAUAUUUGAAUGACUUCUAUGCAUCCAUUUCAUGGAGUUAAAAUCAGAAUCCAUGCCAUUAGAAAAUGGAAGAUAGGAUGUAUGAGUACGUUCUGAACAUUCUCUCCAAUCAUUCCUUAAAUCAUCCUUUACUGGAAAAUUUAGCGGAUACUAAAUCCCUUUGGUUUAUGGAUUAUAUACUUGACCUACUUGGAAUGGCUUUUCUCUGUGCUCCUGGUUUAAAGCAUUAUGCCAUUUUAGUGGCUCAUUUAAAUUUCUUCUAUUCUCAUAAUGAUGGUAGAGCUCUAAAAUCAGUUCAGUAUUUUAACUUUUCACAGGUAACUUGAUUUUAGUCUACAAAGAAUUCAACUUUUCUGUGUUCCCUAACUCUAAGCUUAUGGGUAUAUUACCUGGUCAAGACCUUGAAAGGUUUUUGUGUUCUCUGUUCAUGGGAUUUUAUUCCUUUAAAUCAGAGUUUCUCAGUCUUGGCCCUAUUAACACGUUGGGUUGGAUGAUAUUGUCCUGUGUAUUACAGGAUGUUUAACAACAUAUCUGGCUUCUCCUCACUAGAUGCCAGCAGUACCCCCUGCUUAGUUGUAACAACCACAAAUGUCUUCAGACAUUACCAUCUGUCCCUUCUGGCAGGGGCAUAGGAGCAAAUCUGCCCCUGGUGAAGAACCAGUGCUUUAUACUAACAUUCCUUUUGUCCAGGGUGCAUUAUUUUCACUCCAUUGUCAUAUAUGCCACCUCAGUUAUUAUAUGUGAGAAGGUGCCAUAUUUAAUAAUCAUGGGUGGAACGAAAAUGGUCCUUGGUGUUUUUCUAUUUGGUAAUGGUCAUUUUAAUAAUUUUCAUAUAACACUAGAAACUCAGGGCUGGAAGGUUCAGCUUAUAUUUUUCAGCAGGGUCUCAACUUCUAUUUCUUAGCACUCUUGCUUUUCUUAGGACAGUAAUUAUUAACCUACCUCUCUAUCACUCUAACAGAACUCAACUUUAUGGUAGAUUUUUCUUUAUCUCUAAAGUUGAACUUUCUGAGUGUGCUUUUAGAAAAUGGAUCAUUCUUUAAGUGUUCAUUCUUUAAAUGUUCCUUCAUUGUCCACUAAUGCAUAGAAUUUUCCAGACUGUAGCAGUCAUUAAAUACUGUAGACACCAGUUUUGAAUGUGAUCAGAGGAAUGUCUGAUCAUGAUGGUCACUAACUCGGUAUAGUUAUAAGAUACUUAAAUGUGGUUCUUGUGAGGAAAAAGAAAUUUUGGCUUGAAUAGACACUUCUUCUUAUACCUUUUACCAGUGGUCUGAAGUAGAGUAACAAGGAAUAAGAAAUGAAUCUUAACUGUUGAUUUAUUCUCAAAAUCGGUGAUGUGUAAGUGGAAUGGAAGAUUGUUUAUCUCUCUGACCCAGAAUCUUCUACCUGGGUUUUUCUUAAGAUUAAAUGGAAGAAGUGUAGGGUCUAGAAAGUUUGGAUUUAAUCAUUAACUUUUAAAAAUUGAUGUGUGUGUGGGGAGAGGAGUGUCAAAGUAUCGAUUAUAUGAGUAGUUAGUGUCUCUCUGACCACAGUCUGUCAAUUUGUGAAGACCUUACUUUGUAAGUAUUGGUAAAGGGAGGAAACUAAUUUCUGAACUGAAAGUUAUUCUUUAACUGAAAUUUAUUCCUUUGACACACAUUUUCUUUAUUUAGGCUGCUUAAAGGGGCUGUGAAAAAUUAAAUAUAAAGCAAGAUUCAGUGUAAUGGAUUUAGUGCUUCCGUCACAGCUAACUUGACCAUAUUCCUUUAUCUUCACUCCAGCAUGAGGUUUUGGUUUUUGUUUUUGUAAAACCAUAAAAUAGGCGCAAUAAAAAAAAAGGGGGGGUGUGUUUAAAAAAAAAAUCACUAAACUUUCAGAAAUCCCACAUCUAAAUCUCUAUCCCUGCCUUUUUAUAAGCUAAUGACUACAAAGGAAGAAAACUGAAAGAAAAAACCGAGACAGAGUCUUACUUUUUUCCUAAACUAAGAAAAAUUUUCUCUUGCCACUUGGAGAAGUCAUAACUGGAUUCUAGUAAAUUUCCCAUAUUGGGCUAAAAUAGAGGGGAACCAGCCAACCAAAUUCUGAUCCAGCAAAUUUAACAAGGGAGUGGGGGAGAAUGAACUAUUUUGCAGUAGAUUUGCACUUUAAAAUUAUAAACUGGAUGUUGGUGGAAAGUACUCCCAAAGGGCAGAUAGGUAAAUACCUAGCCUGCACGUGGGUAUUGGAGAAUCCAACUUCAUCCUUGCUUGUUCUAAGCCCACCUGCGCAGUAGUUGUCUGUUGACAUAAUCAGAGUCAGGAUUUCCCUGUGUCCCUUGUUGGUGUCAUCUUCCACAUCCGCUACAUUGACAGUCGUCCCUCUGGGGAAUGUGUCAAGUAGAAUCCUCUCAGAAUAGAAACUUCAUGAGUUAUCUUUCCCACAUCUAGAUUUGCAAAAUUAAUUUAGAUGUUGGUUAAAUUAAGUUGUGGCUCAUGUUACAAGGGUGGGAAGUUCUUUGCUUCUUGGAUCUGUCACAGGGUACCUGCCUCUGAGGUGCUGUCGCCUAGAGGGAUCAGUUCCGUCAGGACUGGCGAGUCAGUAGCUAUGGAGAAUACGCAUACAGCUAGCUACUUCUCCCAGGGUGUCAGUUGUGAUAACGAGCAUCAUUCCAGAAUCUUUGGCUUCUAGAACCAACUCCAUUCUGAAGAACAUUUUAACAUCUAUUAAUACUUUGGUAAUAAUCUUUUAUAUGCAGGAAUUUUGUAGCAUGACUUUAUGACUAAACUUAUUGUGUUAAAUUAUUUAGAAAUGUUGAGUUUCCGAAUGUUAUUUUGUGAGACAUGUUUUAAAAUAGUAAUAAAUUGUGUUAUUUUAUAAAAAAAAAUAAUUUGUAUCUUUUUUGGUUAUAUGACCCAUUACUUUUAGCUAGUACAGAGCAACAACUUCCAAUGACAUUCAAUUCUGAAGAAAUUUGGUCUUUGGUCAAACAUUCCACAGAGCUUAUGUGCGUGUGCAUGAGAGAAGCGGGGGAGAGAUUGACUCAUUUCUUUAUGCUUUUUUUUUCUCCCUAUAGGACAGUCUCCUGUCCCAGUUUUCUAAGUCUUCACCAUAAGUUCUCUGGGCACCGUUUCAAUGAUUAGUAUCCUGGAAAGAGUGCUUCCCAAGAGAGCAAGUUACUACUGCACAUGACAAGUCCUAGUCUUCUCCUCACUAGUGGUAUGGGAGGUUAAGAUUGGUUAACAGGCCCCUGAUGUGUGGUCUGGGAUAACCUGACAUUGGCCAGCCCCUUUGUGAUACACAAGAAGUAGGGAAGAGCGUAGCAUUUCCCUGCGGAAUUUCCAUAUGGAAUGGCCGUAACAUUAUAUGCUGUCUCAGCACGUAUUCUGCACUAUCAGCUGAAUAUAAUUUUGGUCUCAGAAUGGUACUGUAGUGCAGUUUCUACUUCUUUAUUCCACAGUUUUUUGGUUUUAAGGAUGUUUCUUGCUGCUGUCCUCCUUUAAAAAGCAGAUUUUAGUCUCUGAGCCUAUAAAGAGAAAACUUUAAUUCAGAUUAGAAACAGCUGAUUACUUUUAGUUCAUUAUUUUCUAGACUAAAGGGUGGAUGUCUAGAAUCCUGACAUGUAUACUGUUAUAUGUAUUGUAUUAAAUAUAUAUGUAUGUAUAUGUAGAUAUAUAAUUGUUAUAUAUAAUAAAAGAAUCCUAAGUGAUAA